GUUGUAAGGGGCGGUUGCACGACGUCCGUUAAGUUAGGGCGGGAAAGUGUUACGUGUUAAUGGAAGGCUUUACUGUCAACACUUACUUGGCUGUAGCUGCUUAGUGCUUGAGAGAUAUCAACAGAAUGAGAUGCAUUAUAAUCGUUGCAUGUGCACUUAUUAACCUAGGUGCUUGCAUCACAAUACAUAUCCAAGAUGAAGAUAACACCCAUAGCCUACUAAAGAAGUACAGGAAUCCCGCGUCUUAUCCUCGCAGAUCCGGGAUUAGGAAUAUUAUAACUGACAGCGGGAAUUACGGUAACUUCGGACGGGGGUGGACGCAGUAUAAUACUGAAUACUUCCAAACGUACAAGAAAACUAGAAGAAAAGAAGAUGAAUAUAACUCGGAACAUUUUCGAAAGUGGAAUAACGGUAAACGAAUCAAGAGAGACCUGAGUUCCAGUAGCAUCAUCAUAACGCAGAGCUUUGGUGAUAAGAUUGUAACUCCUGGUGAUGAUAUAAGCCUGCACUGCACAGCUACGGGAAGCAGGCCUCCUAGGUUUAUCUGGGAAAGAGAUGGCAUCGCUAUAUCGUCUAAUACAGAUUCUAGGUACAUAUUGGGUCAAAUGAUGUCAUCUUCUGGUGUUGGUGUUAUAUCACAUCUGAAUAUAUCAAGGUCUAGAGUAGAAGACGGUGGAAUAUACACAUGUAUGGCCUAUGAGAGUGACUCCAGUAUACGUCAUUCAGCAAGAGUUGAUGUUUACGGACCCCCAUACAUCAGGACGCUUCCUCCAAUAAAGGUUCAGAGUGGGGAUGAACUGAAACUUCGAUGUCCCUAUUAUGGAUAUCCAAUCAGUAAGCUAGAAUGGGAACAUAAAGGAAAGAAAAUCAUCAGCUCUAUUUUCCCCCAACACCCAAGAUACAAGCGUUAUAAAAACAAAAAGAGAAGAAAGAGACAAAUUUUGGAUAGCAGUGAAGAUGGUGUCCUCAAUCUACCUCGAGUUAUGAAGGAGGAGAAUGGUGAAAUGUAUACGUGUAUUGUCUAUAGUCCAUCUGGAGAAAUGGCUAGAAGGUCCUUCGAAAUCCAAGUUGUAGAAGCGCCUGAAUUGGAUGAAUUACGAGUCGGGUCAGGACUAAAGGAAGGGCAAAUAGUUCAAAUAACUUGUAACAUUAUAAGCGGAGACCCUCCCAUAUUCUUCUCUUGGCUUAAGGAUGGAAUGAAAAUUCCCGCUAGUUUGAAGGUGACCGAAAGAAGUUCUGAACUAUUCAGCGUCUUAAUAAUAAAACGAGUGGCGCUUGAACAUUGCGGGAAAUAUACUUGUAUCGCAACAAAUCAUGUUGGAAAAGUUAACCAGACGACUGAUCUUUAUAUUAAUGUUGCUCCAAAAUGGAUUGAUGAACCUACUAACUCAUCACUGCUAUUGGGUCAGCGAGGCAUCGUGUACUGCAAUGCCAUUGGAUACCCUACUCCACAAAUACAUUGGAUGAAACGAGAUGCAAUUUUAGGUAUAUGGCGACCAGUUUUAGACUUGGCGGGUGGUGGAGUCACAAGUUUUCCAAAUGGAACCUUGAUUAUUGAAGUUGUAUCUCUAGCUGAUGAAGGCCUGUAUGCUUGCCAUGCUGACAAUGGAGUAGGGGAUGCACUUAGCAACAAUCUGUGGAUAAGUGUUAAUAAACCAGUUCACUUUGAAUCGAUGGGAACGAAUUUGACAACGAAAGUAGCGAUGUCACUCACUUUAACCUGUAAACCACUUGGUGACAACCCUAUCCGAAUUAAAUGGAGCCUCAACGGAAAUCCUAUAGAAUUCACAUCUUCAAGAAUAACACUAAUAGAAAGUCCUACAGCAAAUGGGAUGAAAAGUAGCAUAAAUAUAAAAUAUAUUGAGAGCAGAGACGGGGGUCAGUAUGAGUGCAGAGCUAGUAACCCGUAUGGCUUAGCGACUUAUGUUGUUCAUGUGAAGAUACUUGAACCCCCUACUCCCCCCUUGGAUCUGCAAGUAGACUCUGUAACGAGUACUUCCGUGAAACUCUCAUGGCGUGACACGAUAACGGCUCAUGUGCAGUACUACAGCAUACAAUACACAGACACAUAUCAACAUUGGGACGCUGCUAAAACUAUCAAUAUAUCCAGACAAGAAAUUGAAGUUCGACAAAGCAUAGAGUUACGAGAUCUACAGCCAGCUUCGGAAUACCGUGCGCGUGUUGCUUCUGGAAACAUAGUAGAUAUAAGCCCUUACACCAUACCCGUGCACUUCGCUACGUUGCAAGAAGCGCCAUCUUCAAGCCCAUUAAACGUCCAAGCACAACAAACUGACAACCCUGGAGAGUUGUUUGUAACAUGGCUUCCACCUGCAAAAGAAGCGCAUAACGGGCGACUACAGGGCUAUCACGUUAAAGCCGUUCCAAGGAUUGCUGGGGAAUUAGGUCCUAAUGAUACGCAGACGAAGAUGAUAAAGGUUAUAUCAAGAAAUGGGAAACAGGAGACAUUGAUGAGUGGGCUUUUAAAAAACACGAGGUAUGCUGUAUCUGUGAGUGCAUUCAAUUCAGCCGGCAACGGACCGUUUUCAUUGGCUGUAUAUCAAACAACUAGAGAAGGAGCACCCGAAUCAGCGCCAUCUAGUGUUGAAUGUCGUGGAGUUUCAUCGACUUCGAUACGUGUGGCGUGGCAGCACAUCAGCGACCAUGGGACAUCUUUACUUGGAUACACCCUUCAUUACAGCAAUGAUGAUGGCCCCUGGCUAAAUAUGACAUCACCUCAUACCGAGUUGUAUCUACAAAAUCUUUCAAAAUACCAAAACUAUACAAUAAAAGUCGCUGGCUUCUCUAACUAUGGAGUUGGACCGUUUUCAUAUCCUGUGAUUUGCUCUACCUUGCAAGAUGUACCCGGUCCUCCAGCAGCAAUAAAGGCUGUAGUCUCUUCAGCUACAUCUAUAACAGUUAGCUGGAAGAGACCAGACCAGCCAAACGGUGAUAUAACACACUACACUUUAUACAUCAAACCUGUUUCUAGUACAUCCGCACCGCAGAGCUACAGGAUAGACUCAGAUGCAUCAAACUCCCGGCAACUAUCAUUUCCAGUACAAGGCUUAGUCACUGGCACUCAGUAUGAGGUUUUCGUGAGAGCCCACACAUUGGCAGGAGAAGGGACGCCAAGUGACAGAUUUCACAUUGAACCUAGUAGCAAAGUUGUCGCAGGCGUAUCAUCAUUAGGCGGCACAGUUACGGCUGGAGUAGGCUCAUCACUUCUUCUUCACUGCGAGUGCGUCGGCUCACCGACAGCUCGUACAGUGUGGUACCACAACCACAUACUCAUCACCCACCACCCGAGGUUCACCAGGAAUCAUGACGAUAGUCUGCUUAUUAACAAUAUCGAUCCAUCGCUUAGUGGAAACUAUACUUGCCUCGCCAAAAACCUUUACGGAUCUGAUUCCGUAUCAUACGAAGUGGUAGUACUGCCUACGCCGGAUCCACCCACCCUGCGAGUAACUUCGCAUAAAAACGCGUUGCAUUUGCAAUGGGACCACCCGAAGAAGCUAAAUGGAAAGCCACAGAAAAUCAGCUAUAACUUAACAUGGAAAGAAUCUAAUGGAAUGUGGCAGGAUGCUUGGUCAGACAAAGGAACAUCACUUCAAGGGACCCAAGAGUUUACCUUGCAGGGGCUCAAGUGUGGCACGAAGUAUUCCUUACGGAUGACAGCUUCCAAUAGUGUUGGGGAAUCACAGCCAGCCUAUGUUGAUGCCACCACCUUAGGAGGGAUUCCAAUAGCGCCCUCAACAACAGAAUGGUUUUGGAGUAACGCAACUCAUAUAUACAUACAAUUAAGUGGAUGGGAUGAGAAUGGCUGUGAGAUUAUAAAUUGGGUGGUAGACUACAGGGAAUAUGGAAGUAAAGUUUGGAAAAGGACUGACAACAAAAUGCUUCAGUAUGAACAAACUUGGGGCACAUAUUCUCUAUUAAACCCCAACUCAUUUGUUCUCGGAGACUUAACUCCAGCUCAGUGGUACCAGAUUAAAAUAAUGGCUGAAAACUCUGCUGGAGUCUCUACAUCUUUAUAUAUGUACGCUACAACAACUAUCACAGGAGAAUCUGUAGGUCCACCCACAGACUUCAUGGAUCUCAAUUUGUUGGUGAUAAUUGGAAGUUCAAUUCUGUUAACAAUUUGUCUAUUCACGUGUCUCUACAUAUUAAUUAAGAAACAUAAUCAUCAAAGACUUACAGAAUACCGAAACUCGUUGACAACGGAAUGUAAAUCGGAACGCAGCAAUGCGACUGUAAACACACCACAGAGUGUACCCAGUGACGUGAACAACAGGGUCUAUAGCACUCCCGUACAUCUUUCAGAUAAUAAACAUGAAUUGUACGAGAUUAGUCCGUAUGCACAAUUUGCAAUUGGUUUCCGGACUUUCGGACAUGUAGACAACCAGGAAGCACCGAGGAUGCAUCCAACCAGUAGCAAGAGAUUCGAGUCUGAAACAAGUUUCCAAAUGAGAUCAGAGUCAGAAGACAGUGAUUGCGUAUCAAGAUCAACUACUUUAAAAAGUGCUCCAAGAAAAACCUGUAGGAUACCGCAUCAUAGGUAGCUGUAAAUGUGAUUGUAUCAACACCGAAAAUGUAAACAAACCUUUAUUAAAAUAAUAUAAAAGCCAAGGUGUCAUUGAACUUAAUUAUAAUUUUUUUUUUUUGGAAAAUUAUUUAUGAAAUAUAAAAAUAUCGACUUAGCUACUGGAUAUAAUCUAUCUUUUGAAUUUUGUAAAUAAUAAGGUUAACUUGUAAAAACGCAUUUAUUUUCUCAAAAUUGAUUCCUUUAGAAUCCUUUUUGAUGUCAUUUCUAAUUGUACUACCGCUUCGGAAACAAAUGGCGCUUUGAGAGAGAAGAAGUGGCGCAAGAAACUCUCCCAGCAUUUUUUUGCGCUCCUUUUAAUUAAUUAUUGUAUUUAAUAAGGGAUACAAUCUGUCUUUUAAGUAUCCAAGUAUCCUCUUACAAUAAGCAAUUAACGUAAAAUAUAAUAUCUAAUGUUAACGAAGAAAAUGUAGGUUCAAUAAGGUA